AUGGCGAUUGGGGCCACCCCGAAACACCUUGGCAGCACAGUGGAGUUGUACCACCUGUUGGGAUCGGGUGGGUUUGGUAAGGUGUACUUUGCCUACGAGAGUAAGCGGGAAACCAACGUGGCUGUGAAGGUAAUUGACAAAACAGUGGUGGAUAAUUUCGGUAUAAAGGAUUACGUGGACCGGGAGAUUGAGGUGAUGCGGAGGCUGAGACAUAAGCAUGUUGUGAAGCUACUUGACGUGGUUGAGUCAGCGAAAGCGUACAAUCUUGUUAUGGAGUUGGCCCCGAAUGGAGAGCUAUUUGACAAGAUUGUGACCUUAGAGCGUUUUGAUGAAAAAACGGCCCGUCUCUAUUUUCAGCAACUUAUCUCUGUAGUGCACUAUUGCCAUAGCCUUAAUAUUGCACACCGCGACCUCAAGGCAGAGAAUCUUCUUCUUGGUGAAAGGAAUGAGUUGAAGGUCUGUGAUUGGGGCCUUGCUAGGUACACAAAAGAGGGACAGUCCUUGAAUGAACCUCCUAUUCUUUUUCACUCACUUGCGGGAAGCAUCGACUACCAGGCACCAGAGGUGUUUUCUCGUCAGGGAUAUGAGGGAUUCGCAUGCGAUAUGUGGAGUUGCGGGGUCAUUCUUUUCUUUAUGAUAUGUGGAUAUCUUCCGUUUGCAGAUGUAACAGACGCCGAAACCAAGGGGCGUAUCCUUAAGUGCAAAUAUAACGCGAGAAACCGCUUCCUUUCUCAGGAAGCCAGUGAUCUUAUUGCGCAUCUAUUGCAAGUGGAUCCGAAAGACCGCUAUGACACAUUGGCUGUCGUUGCUAACCCCUGGUUCCAGGUGGACUUAGAUCCAAGCCUCUUUCCUGAUACAACUCCGGUCACUCCGUCCUCACCAAACAGUCCAAUGAACGAUGGGACCUUUAAGCAAAUUUACACACCGACUGAAGGCUACGAAGGCUGUUAUUCAUUGUCAACAGAAAAUAUGGAUAGAAUUCACCAAGCCUUCGUCACGUGCAAUGUCGGUGGCACUGGGCUUCUCAGCAAGGACGAGGUACGUGACGCACUUAUCAAGCUUAACGAUUGUCACCCGGUACCGAAUGAGGAGGUGGAAAAAUUCAUGUCCAAAUUUUCGCUGGAUGAACAUGGCCGUAUUUCCGAGGCGGAGUUUACCCUUGGCUACAUAAAUCAUCGGGAUCUUGGAAAGAAGUACGAUAUUGAUCGUAUGGCCAAACUGUUUGACUGUAAACUGGAGAACGAAUUCGUUGAGGAGCUUCGUCGAGCGUUCAAUGAACUUGAUGUGAAGCAUAUGGGCUUGAUUACGCCAGAGAGUCUAAAGGAUUUGAAUUUAGAACUUACCGAGGAAGAUAUAAAGGACUUCUUCGACGUCAUUGAUCCCGAUAAUAAAGGAACUCGAGCAAUUACGUUUGAAAAAUUUAUCGAUAUAUGUUUGAGGCUUGAUAAGUUCAAAGAACACCCCUUCAUACAAGCAAUCCGCCGCUCCGAUAAAUUGUUUAAUUUUAUCGACAGAAAUUUGUUUCAUCAAUAUUUAGGUACGGGGUUUAAAGUUAGGGGGAGGCCAAGGUAUAUUUGUGAUCUCCUCAAGUCAAAGCAAAAGGAGCUCUCAACGCAAUUUGAGGGUAAUGCUCGUGGGACCAUCUAUGCGACCUAUACAGAGUCGAAUAAAGUUGUACUUUACGUUGGUGUCCGUCUCAUAGCCAUUGUUGAAGGUUACACCAAAGUGGCACCGUACCGCAUUGCUGGUAGGACAACGGUGUUUCAUCACUGGUUUUUGGAAUUGCGUAAGGAACUUAUGAAAGAGAUUUUGGGUUGUGAGCACGACAUAGCUGUGAAGGGGAAACCAGAGCUCAUAUAA